UGGACUGACUGUUCCUGUUGCUCUUCACAGAAGCUCCAUGAAAGCGAGCUUCGCCUUUGUUCAUGCAGCGAGCGGCUCAACACAUAACCUGGAAGCCCCCAAGGCUUUAUCAACGGAUUUCUCCCCAAAACUUCGUUUCCUUCCGCGAAGCCCUACAAGAACCCUGGAUUCCUGAGUCCCUGGCUCAGCGCCUGCUACCCCGAUGCUGUCAAUCAGAUCUUGCUAAUCUGAGCGGCCGUGGCUCGGACCCGACUCGGCGUCCGCUGACAGGUCAGCGCUGUGGGUCUCCGGAUUCCCAGUCCAAACCCGACGGCUUGAGGUCCCCGCGCCCCGGGGACCUGCGGCGCCCGAGCACCGGGAGCGCCAGAGAACUACAUUUCCCACAGCGCUCUUGGGAAGCCGGGGCCGCCGAGACCCACGGCCCGGCGGACGAGCUCGCGCGGAGACUCCUGGGAGUUGUAGUCCGGUGCGCCGGCGCCGGCGCUAGUGCUGCUGCUGCUGCUGCGGACACGGCGCCGGCCUUUGUCUGCGGGCACGCGCCGCUGCGGUGCUCAGGAACAGCCCAUGGAAGAAUCAUAUGAAGAGGUGGUAACUGAGGUCGUAAGCAGGAGUGGACAUGUUUGGAUUUCCAACAGCUACCCUGCUGGACUGUCAUGGAAGAUAUGCCCAGAAUGUAGCGUUCUUCAGUGAAUGUGAUGACUGAAGCCCACCACAAGUAUGACCACUCUGAGGCUACAGGAUCCUCAAGCUGGGAUAUCCAAAAUUCUUUCAGAAGAGAGAAGCUGGAACAAAAAUCCCCAGAUUCGAAGACCCUACAGGAAGAUUCACCUGGAGUGAGACAAAGGGUCUAUGAGUGCCAGGAGUGUGGAAAAUCCUUCCGGCAAAAAGGUAGUCUAACGUUACAUGAGAGAAUCCACACUGGUCAAAAGCCUUUUGAGUGCACCCACUGUGGAAAAAGCUUCAGGGCCAAAGGCAAUCUUGUUACACAUCAGCGGAUACACACGGGAGAGAAGCCUUAUCAGUGCAAGGAGUGUGGGAAAAGCUUCAGUCAACGAGGUAGUCUCGCUGUCCACGAGAGACUCCACACUGGACAGAAACCCUACGAGUGUGCUAUUUGUCAGAGAAGCUUCAGGAAUCAGAGUAACCUUGCUGUUCACAGGAGAGUUCACAGUGGUGAGAAGCCCUAUAGAUGUGAUCAGUGUGGAAAAGCCUUCAGUCAGAAAGGAAGCUUAAUUGUUCACAUCAGAGUCCACACGGGCCUGAAGCCCUAUGCCUGUACCCAGUGCAGGAAGAGUUUCCACACCAGGGGGAAUUGUAUUCUGCAUGGCAAAAUCCACACAGGAGAGACACCCUAUCUGUGUGGCCAGUGUGGAAAAAGCUUCACCCAGAGAGGGAGCCUGGCCGUGCACCAGCGAAGCUGCUCACAGAGGCUCACCCUUUGACCACUCUCUUGAACAGAAGUUCUCUUUAUGAAUUAAGAGUACAAAAUUCUCUGAGAUGAAGCAACCUAUCCAGUUCUAUGGAAUGAAUGGAGAAUCUUUCAGAAAGACCAUCAUCGGGUAGGGCAAACUGACUUUUCUCCUUUCCCCUAAAAGAGUAUGAGAAAUAAAUGUCUUGUUUAUUAUCAUUAU